UCGAAGCGUGGAAACUGGGCAGCGAAGUGGAGGAAAAACCACAAGGAGACGAAAAAAAUUAACAUCCUCCCUGACACGCACUCCUCGCCGGGUGGUGGUGCGCCUAGUAAACGACUAGUAUCUGGCACGAGAGAGAGAGAGAGAGAGAGAGAGAGAGAGCGCGAUAAGACGAGCGAGAAAGAAAAGCUAAACGGCACGGGUCGGUUCGGAGCCGAAAAAGAGAAGGCGAUCGCCAAAACCAUCAGGAAGCCUUCGAUCGUGUGGGUGCGAUCUCUCUAUCGCUUGGUGCGGAUUUGACACUCGCGGCGUGUUGUAUCAUCGGAAGCGAACCGCGGCCAAAAAGCCGACAAGCCCACUGUAGCGAUGACGAUGGACAAAGGACACACCAAUACGGCGUUCGUUGGGGAUGAAGCGAUCAAUGGCAAGAAGCCGCCUCAGGCGAAAACCACCGAUCGCAACAUGUACACGCUGGACAUCAUGGAGAAGAAAGCCGAGCUGGAAGGAGACUACGAUCCUUAUCAGCAUCGGCAGGUCGAGCACCCAACGACGAGCAACGAAACGCUGAUUCACCUGCUGAAGGGCUCGCUCGGUACUGGUAUCCUGGCCAUGCCAAACGCUUUUCACCACGCUGGCUGGACGGUUGGAGUUAUCGGUACGGUGCUGAUUGGGCUGCUCUGCACCUACUGCAUACACCUGCUGAUCAAAGUUGAGUACGAGCUGUGCAAGCGGAAGCGCGUACCGAGCUUGAACUAUCCGGCCGUCACGCAGACUGCCAUACUCGAGGGUCCGGAUGCAUUAAAACCACUGUCGAAGAUCAUCAUCCACGUUGUGAACGUCUUCCUGCUGAUCUAUCAGCUCGGCACCUGCUGUGUGUAUGUCGUGUUCGUGUCCUCCAACAUUAAGGCCAUUGCGGACUACUACACCGACACCGACACCGAUGUGCGGCUGUACAUGCUCAUCAUCCUGCUGCCACUGAUCUUGAUUAAUUGGGUCAGAAAUCUCAAAUUCUUGGCACCGUUCUCGACGAUCGCUAAUUUUGUCACGCUCAUCUCGUUCGGUAUCAUCCUGUACUACAUCUUCCGCGAGCCUAUUUCGUUCGAGAACCGCGAAAAAGUCGGCACAAUGAGCGGAUUUGCGCUCUUCUUCGGCACAGUGCUGUUCGCGCUGGAAGCCAUCGGUGUGAUCUUGCCGCUGGAGAACGAAAUGAAGAAACCGAAAAAGUUCGGUGGCAACUUUGGUGUACUCAACAAAGCCAUGGUCCUGAUCGUGACGCUGUACGUCGGUAUGGGAUUCUUCGGGUAUUUGAACUAUGGAUCGGCUAUCAAAGGCUCGAUUACGCUCAACUUGCCAGAGGAUGAAAUCCUGGCACAAAGCGUCAAGGGAAUGCUGGCGUUUGCCAUUUACAUCACUCACGGAUUGGCCUGUUAUGUCGCGAUAGACAUCACCUGGAACGACUACUUGAAGAAGAACCUUGGAGAUUCCCCACGGAGCGUGUUUUACGAGUACAUCGCACGAACCGUGCUGGUGUUGAUCACAUUCCUGCUGGCCGUAGCCAUCCCCAAUCUAGAACUCUUCAUCUCGCUGUUCGGAGCCCUUUGCCUUUCCGCGCUCGGUAUCGCUUUCCCGGCCUUGAUACAAACCUGCACCUACUGGCACCAGCGCAAGGGCAUGGCGAAGGUAUGGAUGGUCCUGAAGAACAGCAUCAUCGGGGUGGUGGCCGUGCUUGGUUUGGUCAUCGGCACCUCGACCAGUAUGAUCGAAAUUAUUCACACCUUCGGCCACGACGCCUGAGGUGUGUUUGCGGUUGUAUGCGCUAGCAAUCAGCGACCGCGAAAACCAACAUCCGCGACCGCCACGAAAACCUAGUAUUGAUUCGCCAUCACUACAAAUAAGUAUUAUGAGUGAAAGUGCACCAUUGAGAAGCAAUCAUAGAGCGAGAGGAAGAGGAUGCAGUAGCCUGUGCAACAGAGACAGAACAGUGAGGAAGAGACCAAUAGUGAGGGAGAGAAUGUAUGUGGACAGAGGAGGAGAGUUAAAGCCAUAACCAUUCCUAUGAGCAAUGCGUUGAGAAAUCUAUGCGCAAGCUGUAGCCGCCAAACUACCAUUGUGCGCCUGAUCUCCUUGAUCUUGAUGCUAAGCGACAGCACCCGUUGGGGCGCGUGUCCGUCAUAUGUGCUUUUGUUUUAAGGUGUUCUUCCAUGAUCUAGACAUUCAUUUGAUGUUCCCUAUGAUCGCAACGAUCGCAACUGUGAAGCGGUGGAGCGUGCUCUAGAAGCCCACCUGGACGAACGUAGAUAUCUGUAAGACUAGCCAAGCUAAGCGAAAUUAUCAAACCAUAAUUUGAAAUGUUGUGUACAUAGUUUAAGCUAAACUACAAUAAACUCGUAUUUUAAAAUAAUCAGUGCUUCG